AUGGCAUCUCAAACAACGUUUAAUACUUCAACAAAUAUUAUGAAUGGAAAUGAUCCAAAAAAUGUUUCCGUUACAAAUUAUUCCGUCGAAGAAAUCGAACGUAUAAUCAAUGAUUUUUAUUCGCCAACAUCGCAAUUAACUGUUCCACAACGUCAACAAUUAAAUAGUAUUCUUGAAUGUUUACAAUAUUCUCCAUUAGCCUGGGAUUUUUCUUGGAAAUUAUUAAAUACAAAUAAAUCACCAAGUGUACAAUUUUUUGGAGCUGUUGCUUUAUGUAAUAAAAUUUCGAAGCAUUUAUCGGAAUUAGAUGACAAUGAAAUUCAGUUAUUAUUUCAACAACUUAUUCAACGCUUAAUAUUUUACACGUCAAUUAAUUCAAAACAGAUUUCAAUUAAAUUAGUUGUGGCUCUGGGACAUUUGAUAUUAAAUAUGAUGCCAGAUAAAUGGAAGAAUGGUAUAACAGCAAUAAUUACAUUAUUUACACAAUCUCAAAAUGAAUUUUUAAAAGAAUAUCCAGAAAAAGGACAUUUAAUUGUUUUAAAUAUUUUAACUAUUCUUCCUGAAGAAUUUUCGCGUAUUGUUGUGUCUAAAGUUCAACGUGCAUCAAUUCGAACCGAACUCGAAAAUCAAUUCCCUGUUGUUCUCAAUUAUAUUCAAUUUAUUAUUUCUGCAUAUAAUCAACCAGAUAUACUUGCCAAAAUGUUUUCAUGUUUAUCAAAAUGGCUUGAAUUCGGUAUAGCAAUUAUUAGAGUUGAAUCGUUGUUUGAUUAUUUAUUUAAUUCUUUAAAUAAUGAAAAUAUAUUUGAUGAUGCUUCGAAUUGUAUUAUUGUACUUUUUACAUCACCGGAUGUAAUGAGGUAUCCAGCCAUAUUUUCACGUCUUUUUCCAUAUGUUUUACAACUUGAAUCCAUUCUUGACCAAUCCUUAAUGAUUGGCGAUAAAGAAAAAUCAGAAUGUAUAACAAAAUUGAUAACUCAAUUUGGUGAAAACCUUGCUCAACUUAUUAUUCAGAUGGCUAUUGCACCUAAUCAACAAUCACAAACACUUUCCCAUAGAUUCUGUUGUCUGAUUAUGAAAUGUACUGACAUGAAAGGACAAUAUCCCGUUGAAGAAACAUGUUCAGAAUUAACAUUUAGUUUUUGGUAUGCAUUGCAGGAAGAAGUUACUUCAAUUGAUGAUGAGGAACAGCGAAUCAUUUUAUUAGGAUUAUUUCGUCCAUACUUUGAACGUUUAAUUGAAGUAUUGAUUUCUAAAGGACAACUUCCAGAAAAUGAUAGCAGUUUUACAAGUGAAGACAAAGAAACAUUUCGAUGUUAUCGUGUUGAUAUAACAGAUACAAUGAUGUGUAUGCAUACUGUUCUUAGUAAUCGAGCUAUGGAAGUAUUAGCAAAUCAUUUAUCAUUAGCUGUUGAACAAAAUCAAUCGUGGCAGCGACAAGAAUCAAUAAUUCAAUUAGUUGGCGCCGGUUCAGAAUAUGUUCCACUAGAUGAAAAUCAAAUUUUACCACGAAUAUUUUUACUUUUACCAAAAUUAAAUUUUUGUAAUAGUUCAAUUAUAAAUGCAACUCUAAUGGUGCUGGGACAAUAUAGUAGUUGGUUAGGUCAUCAUCAGGAAACACUGCAAAAUUGUGUACAUCUAUGUAUUAAUGCUUUGUCAAAUUCUGAAUUAAUUCAAUCAGCUUCUAUUGCUUUAAAAGAGCUCACUAUGGAAAAUCGGAUGCAUAUGUCAAAAUAUCUUAAUGAUAUAUUUCCAAUAAUUAAAAAUGUUCUUGAGAAUGCUCAUGUGCAACCAAAUGAUCGUAUUCGUUGUGUAGCUAUUAUCGGUUAUAUUCUAUCAGCAUAUCCAGCAAAAAUUGUGAUCGAUCAUUUAAAUAUAUUACUAGCGCCAGAAGUUAAUAAAUUACUAGCUUAUUUAUCAGAAACAAAUGGUGAUCAGAACGCAAUAUUACGAAAACAAAAUAUUUGUACGACAUUAAGUUUUAUUUCUGUUCUUAUUACUGCUAUUGGUUAUUGUGGUGAUCAGAGUGAUGGCGAUGAAAAUGAACAGCAACAAGAAGCAACCGAAAAUCCCAGCGAAAUACCUGAAGUGUUAUGUUGUGUUUUACGAGAUCUUACUCCAAUUCUUCAUUUGGUUCUCAAGCAGUAUGCCGAUGAUAGUGAAGUAACAGAAAAAUUAUGUGAAAUUCUUUCUCGAACAGUAACAACAUUAAGAGAGUCAAUCAAUCCAAUACUAAAUACACUUUUAGAACUUUUACAAAAUAUUGGGCCAAAUAUAUUACACGCACAAUUUUUAAAUUUUGUUCGCAACACUCUUCUUCUUUUCUCACAAGAUACAGAUAAACAAAUGUUUAAUUUAUUUCUUGCUGUUCUUCAAAGAUUUGGAUGCUUGUUUAACGGAGAUAUUCAAUGGUUAAAAAAUCAUGUUGAUAUUGUAGAAGAUUUUGCUAAUUUUCUUAUUCAAAUUAUUAAAAAGCUGCCAGCUGUUGUACAUCAUUGUCCUAAUGAGGCUUUUGUUUUACUUUUUCAAUUCGUUAAAACUGGUCUUCAAUUGCAUGAACAAACAACAUUAAGAAGUAUUACGAUGUUUACGUCCAAUUAUAUUGAAUAUACAAAAUCAAAUCAACGAGCAGCUGAUCUUCUAAAACAAAAUGGUCUCGAAAUAGUUCAGAUUCUUCUUAAGUGCAUUGGUGGAGCAAGUCCGCGCCAUUUGGUUGAUACAUUAUCAUUACCAUUGCUUACUCUGACAAAAUUAUAUAUUGAUUCUACAGUCAAUUGGGUUCAGCAAUGUUUAAAUGAUCCAAAUUUUCCUACGCCAUCUCCUAAACGUCAUCAUCGUGAAGCAUUAAUCAAAGCAUUAUCAUCUGAACGUACAAGUCGUGCAAAUUUCAAAGAUCAUGUAAAUACAUUUUCCUCAGCAUGCCGCGGCAUAGAAUAUAGUGGGACAUCAUCAUCAAACAAUAACAUUGAUAUCGGAUAUAAUUUAAUAUUAUUAUCAAAUCGUGAUGAAGAUUUUCGACGACCAGCUAAACAAGCUCAUAUUUGGAAAGAUACGAAAUAUGUACUCGGAGGACAAGAUCAAACGCCAUCUCGUGAAGGUGGAACUUGGCUAUGUUUAAAUACUGUGCAAAGUAAAAUCGGCGUUUUAUUGAAUUUAACUUCGCACUUAUUCGAAGGAAAAAAUAUCAAUGGUCAGAGUCGAGGUUUUAUUGUACCAAAUUACGUUAAUAAUCCUGAGAUUAAUCUUGAUUUGUAUAUGGAUGAAUUGCAAAAGGUUAAAGUCAAUUAUACCGGUUUUAAUUUUCUUGGAAUCGAACGACAAAUUGAGUCGAAAAAAUGGCGAGCGAAAUAUAUAAGCAAUGUUUCGGCAGAUUCAUUACCAAUUGAAAUCAAAACAUCACCUUUCGGUUUUAGCAAUCAUAUAUAUGGCGAUGAAAAUGCAUUUGAAAAGACUCGUCUUGGUUGUCAAUUGUUUAAAACGCUUCUUAAUGAUUUAACUGAUCAUUACAAAAAACCGAUUACAGAUGAAAAAGAAUUAAUUCAUCGAGCAUUUUCUUUACUGAGUGAUACGACACUUUUCCACAAUGAUUCAAAUCUUGGUUGUGUUUAUUCUCAUUAUACGAAAGCAAAUCGUGAUCAAAUUUCAUCAAUCCAUGUGAAAACCACAGAAGAAGAACCAACUUAUGGAACACGAACAUCAACUGUGUUAAUUGUUCGCAAUGAUCAAACAGGCGUUUUCAUUGAGAAAACUCUCAGCAAUCUACUAGUCGACUCAUCGGAAUGGACAGAAAAUAAAUGGCAUUUUAAACUGAAUGACAUAGAUGAAUCACCUGUUUUAAUAAAUUAA